CAAUGCCAGUUUGUUACUUUGAACAGCGCACUGGAGUGUUUGUUAUAUUUAUUGGCAAUAUCGAACAUUGGUGUUGUGCGUUGGCCUAACAGAUUCGCUACGAUUUGACGGGAUACAUUAUUCGUACACUAUUCAUAGUAUACUCAUCAUUUUAAUGUCAUUUUCAUUCGUCAAAGACUAAAUAUGUUUUUCCUAUCAUCAACGUCAGUAUUACUCGGAGUUAUAGGGUUUCUCUUCUGUUUAUGGUUCGUUCGGCGUCCAAAAAACCUUCCACCCGGGCCAUGGUCGCUGCCAAUCAUCGGAUACCGAUUCAAAUCGGGUCUAAUUCACGAGGCUUUCGUGGACUUGGCGAGGAAGUAUGGGCCCGUUUUCAGCGUUCGGCGAGGCCCUCUUCUCUUUGUUGUCUUGAACGACAGGGAGAGUAUGAAACAAGCUCUGGUGAAAAAUCCUGGAUCCGCGCCUGAGUCAGGAGAAUUCUUUUCAGACCGAUUCAUACCUGGGCAUCUCAGAUGGGGAAUUCCAGAUGCUGAAAAGAAUGCUUCCAUUGUUUGGAGUAAUGGCAAGCCAUGGGAUGACCAGCGAAAAUUCUCUCUUCCUGCUCUUCGCUCCUUCGGCUUUGGUAAGAAGAGCCUCGUCCCUCAGAUCAACCUUGAGUCUCGUUAUCUGGCUGAUGAAAUCAGGGCUCUCCAUGGUGAACCCACGGAUCUAUCGGCUUUGUUGAAUAAAGCAACUGCUAAUGUCAUUUCACAACUGGUCUUCGGUCGCCGAUAUGAGUACGACGAUCCCGAAUUUAUUGGCGCUCUGGAGGCAUUGGCGGAUGCCUUUGGUCUCGUCUCAGAAACUGAUCCAGUUAUUGUCUUUGAAUCACUUGUUCAUACUCCGUGGUACAAACCCUACCGUGGUUGCAUAUUCAAGCUAAGGGACUUCGUCAUGUCUCAUCUCUACAACCAUCAAGAAACUUUCCAGAAAGAUAAUAUCCGGGACUUCGUUGACGCGUUCCUCGCACACGACAUCUCGAAAGAUUACCCCAUGGACACGUUCUGGAGGAUUGUGUUGGAUUUCUUUGCCGCUGGUACUGAAACCACAGCGGUGGUGACUUCAUGGGCGAUACUCUACCUAGCUGUUCACCCAGAUGUUCAGAAGAAGGUUCAAGAUGAGUUGGAUGCAGUUGUCGGGCGUGGCCGACAACCAGACACCAGUGACCGCCCAAACCUUCCCUACUGUGACGCCACCCUGAUGGAGAUUAUGCGCAUCCGUCCUGUCCUCCCUGUCUCCCUGCCUCACCUGACAUCUGCAGAUGUCUCCAUUGGACCUUACACUAUUCCCAAAGGGACCAUCGUUAUCCCUAACCUGUGGGCUGUUCAUCAUGAUCCCAAGGAGUGGUGUGAUCCCCACCUAUUUAAUCCAGACAGAUUUCUCAGUGCUGAUGGUCAAACAGUCGUGAAGAACGAGGCUUGGAUGCCAUUCAGCAUUGGCCGUCGCGAUUGUCUGGGAAUGCAACUUGCCAAGAUGGAAUCAUUUUUGCUCUUCGCCAACCUCUUCCAGCAAUUCGAUUUCAAGCUUCCUCCUGACCAACCAACCCCCAGCAUGCGAGGUCACACCGGGCUGUCUAUGCCUCCAGAAUCCUACCAGAUUUGUGCUAUUGAACGCUGAGUUUUGCCGCUUUCAUGAGUUUUUUCGCUAAAGACUUCGUUAAACUGCUGUAUAAGCGAGUUCGUAAUUAGGAUUUGCGCAUGUGCAGAUAAAGGUCAUUCGUUCGCAAAUUGUAAAACCAUUGAGACGAAUACUCGUAUCGUGCUCAUGAAAGUUAUGUAAUUAGUAUACAUUUAUGUACCGACAGUUCAUUUAUCUGAUACACAGAUGGAAGUAUUCUUCUCAAGAGGGCAAACAAAAGGUAUUCAUGAAGCACCAUCACUUCGGCAGUGAUUAUUCUAAAAUGCACAAGUGACACGUAUCCAUAGUGUAACAGAUCUGUGGAGAUUUGGGGGUCAUGCGUUCCGAAGCUAUUUACGAACUGGUUUAAGUACAUUUUAUGAGAGUUUGUCAAAAAGACAAAUGGAUUCAUUCCUAUCAUGCCACUGCAGUUUAUUAAAAAAAGUUUUUGUAUAUAAUGCAAUAUAAUGAUUAAGCUUUGUAUGAUCUCUAUCAGUAAUAUGUUGGCUGAUAUAUAGAUUUAGGAAUACUAGUUUCAACAGACAUAUUUUAUUUGUAAUUAUAGGAAGAGUUUGGCGGUAUAGACACAUCAACUUUUUUCCU